AUGAAUAACGGCAAUGUACCGGAUACAGUAACUGGUGGUAAAACUCUUGAACUCACCGAAUAUGAUCGGUUCCGACGUCCACACAAAGCCAUUUCGGAUUCGACAGAAAUACGAAUCAGUACACGGAUGCUUUCAUCCGAACUCUGUUGUCCAAUAUGCCUAGAUUUGUUGACAACAACGAUGACGACAAAAGAAUGCUUGCAUCGAUUUUGCAGCGAAUGUAUCACAACUGCGUUACUCCGAGGCAAUAAGGAAUGUCCUACGUGUCGGAAAAAAUUAGUGUCUAAACGGUCGCUUCGUCCUGAUCCGAACUUUGAUGCCUUAAUUAAUAAGAUUUGGCCGGAUCGGCAAAUUUAUGAACAAAUGCAACAGAAAGCAAUGGAAAUGUUUCAUCAACAAAGCAACGUAGAGGCACUGCAAAAGAGUAUUGAAGCAGGCAUGAAAGCGCAAGCUGCUAAUCGUCGCCAACGUGUUCAGGGCUCAUACGACUACGAAAAAAGGAAACGGCGUCCUCGUAGUGAUGUUCAUGACCGUUCAUAUAAUAAUUCUCCUGACAGUAAUUCACCGGAAGGCAGUGGUGAAGGCGAUGAGAAUGAUUUGCAUACAAGACACGACGAAUCGGUUUCUGGAGCACCCACCUCUACUAGCAGUAUUGCUAACCUUGUUAGUGCUGCUAAUGGUACGGUCAGUUCACGAGCCCACUCUCACCGAGAUAUUUCAAGCAGCGGUACAGAUUCAGAUUCACUCUCUUCGACCACUGAUACUUCUGACACUACGGACACUUCUGACUCAUCAAGCAGCAUUUCAGCUCCCACGCGACCAAAUUCUAUUGCAAAUUUGGACGGUCACCCUCUUGUUCCACCGCUUAAUGCAUGUACACUAAAAGAUCGCAUGCACAAAUGGCUUGCUGAAAAUCCGUCCUCACCUUUAACUCCCGAUGAAGGGAUGGGUGAACAACUAGAAAGACGACUCGAUGAAGAUAUUGACUUUGCGGUUACACGUACAGAUGGUGAAUUCAUUGAGAUUGAAGCCGAAUUGUUACCUGCAAAAUCACUAUUCAAGCGACCAAGCGUAGCUUCAUCGUUAUUGAAUCGACGUUACAUUCGAACAAGAGAGGAUACUACUAUGGAGCACCUUGGUGAAUUCCUAUACCAAGUAUGCAGUGCAGAAUAUCGAGAAGGUCAGCAGAAAAAUUCAUCUGAGGGAUCAAAGGAUUUUUCCGUUGAAAAUACUAUUACUUCCUCUCCAGUGCAAAAGUCGUCUGCAAAUGCUGUACAACGGCCCGAGCAUUUCUAUGUCUAUAGUCGCGUUGGCGGCCGAAGUGUGAAUAAAAUAUUCGGCAAUGAGACGGUUUUAUCGGCAUUACAUACUCAAAGACGCGGGGAUCAUUUGAUGAUAUUUUUUGAUAUUGCACCUUUGGAUUUGCAUAGCAAAUCUGUGCUUGAAGAAGUUGUUUAUGACGAUUAUUUGAAGUAG